GCGAUGGAGUUUAGAGAGUUUAGCUCGGACGAGGGGGAGCCGGAGGACCUGGACAGUGUGAAGGCGCUGACCGCCAAGCUGAACCUGGAGACCCGGCGGCCAUCGUACGUGGAGUGGCGGGAGCGGCUGCGGAGCCGAGCGGCGGGGGGCGGCAGUGUGGAGGCGGCGGACGGAGCCAGCACCGUGUGCGGCUUUGACACCAUAGACGAGGCGCUGGAGUGGCUGAGGAGCGAGCUGAGGGAGAUGCAGUUGCAGGAUAACCGUCUGGCCCGGCAGCUGAUCCGCUUGCGCGGGGAGAUCCACCAGCUGAAGGUAGAGCAGACGUGUCAUCGACACAAAGAGAUGCUGGACGACGCCACGCUGGAGCUCGAAGAGUGCGGCGAGGAGUCUGACCUGCUCUGUGACAUCCCGCUGAAGGCCGCCUUCACCCUGUCCACUCCACUCAAACACCUGGGCCUCACCAAGAUGAACCUCAAUGCCCGGCGCUUCUCCCUCUGCUAGAAAGGGAGGAAACUGACUUCCUCCCUUCAGCUACAAGCACAAAAAGUCUCCUGUUCUCAAAGAACAAGCCAUGACACUUGCAAAGAAGAUGCCAAGUCUUAGAUCAGGGAUAUUCUGUUCACAGUCUUUGAAGUUCAAGGAACUGUAAUUUAUCUGUUAGCAUUCCUGAUUAAAGGAAAGAUAAUGGCCAAUCAGCUGCAUUGUUAACUAGCAGCGAUUGCUAUAAACAGGGCCUGAUCUAUAUACAGGACCUUCUGAACUACAUAAUGUGUGGUGUACAAGUUUCAUGGCUUUCACCACACUACUGAAAGGGGUAAAGGGCUAAGACUCAUGCUCAACCCUACGGGACUAAAAUAAAAACCCCAAGGGUGAGGCCUAAUCUCUUUUCUUGAUCUUUUUCUUUUAGGGCAGGAUAGUCAGUGGUAAGGGCUGCUUGUUGGCUUAGUGCCCCAUUGGAUUAAAUCCCAAUUCCAGUGUAGAUUGUGAGAGUCAUUUAGAGUAGCGCCCUUGAAGCCUUGGGCACUCUUAGCCUUUGUAUUUCAACAGCAAUGUGAUCCCUCUCUCUUUCAAAGGAGUUUGAGAUCGUAUCGUUGCAUGUUGCAUGCUAUCACCAGAAGGCCUUAUCUGCAGAUCAGCUUUGUAUAUGCAAAACAUUUCAGGAGAUAUACAAUGUUCUGUAUCCACCACCAUCUGACUGAAGCUGGAAUCGAAUACCUGCUUGAUUCAGCUGAAAGGUCAAGACACAAAAUACACAAUCUUUACCUAUAUUAAAAUAAUAGGAGUUGUAAUUAGAGCGGAAGUAGGUGUGGAGACGGGCUGGUCAUAGGAGAAAAGGCUUUCUCUCUGUCUGCCCCCCACUUUCUUAUUCUCAUCCCGACUUGGCUACUGUUCCAAACAGCAGUCUCACAGGAAGCAUGAGGUCCUGGUCAGGAUUACAGACACUCCAUCACUCGAGACCAAAAAUAACUGCACUGGCGAAAAGUCAGAUAUGAGCUGAGAAAUUUGAGCCCGUACAUUGAUCCAAGAACAGUUUUGUCUCAACAUUGAAGACUCAAAAUGCUCAUGUUGCUGAAAAUUAAUGAAAGAUCAUAGAGGCCAGAAAAGUUAAUGUUACUAAUAGUGAGUGAACGAUAAUGAGGUCCAGGAAGCAUGUAGUGGUCACAAAUGCUAGUGUUGCUAAAAGUAACUGAAAGCUAAAAGUGACCAAUUGUGCUAGUGUUCAGGAAUUGCUAAUAAAGAAAGAAAGUUAAUGGGGUCCAGUAGCAAUACAGUAGCCAGAAAUGCUGGUGUUGCUUCAAAUGAAAGAAAGUAGGUGCCAGUUAGCAUCAUAGUGGCCAGUUAGCCUUUGCAACUUUUUCAUGUUAACUGUCAUUCCUUCUUGGCCUCAUUAGCAUUUGGCUAAAGUAAGUUUUGUAGGCACAACUCUGAACAGUGGGAACUGAUUUUGGACUGGUUUUCAGUCGGUACAGGUUAGGCUUAACCCUCUUUAGACGUUCUUUAGAGUGCUCCAGCAAAGGCUAACAUUUGAAACCUAACACAAGCAAAGCUAGUCUGUGUAAUACUAUAUUAUUUUUCACAAAGCUUAUUUGACAGAAGAGAGCAGUGCAGAUCUUUCCAUGCAUCUGUCUAUAGCUAGCAUUGAUGUAUAUAAUCCAGUAACCAAAAUGCACAUUUUGAGACAAAAUAGCUUCAAUUGAGAGGUAGUUCAGUUGUUACUGAAACUGGGGCUAGCACAGAAUCUUUAGGCCUGCUGGUGGACAUCAUUGCACAUUUCUCGAUGGUGUGAAACAGGGGGCAAACUGAAUGUUCUUCCAUAUGCUUAUUUCUGUACCUUAGUUCUGAAGCUUUAUUUCAGGACAGUACAAAAACAUUUAUUUUUAUUGUAGACUGUAAUAUUGAUAGUAUUGAUUUGCUAUAAUAUGCAGUGUGUUAUAGUAGUUUUUGAAAUGUGUGGCUGUUUAAGGGCAUUUUGGGGGCAACACGUGUUUUGCAAAAUGUUUUUUUAAACAAGCAGUUUAAAGAAUGUGAAACCUAAGGCGCUUUGAGUAAGUGAGAAGCUGCAGAAAGCCACUCUGUUUUCACUGCUUUCUUGCAAGUAAAAAGCUCAAGGUCUUCAGUCAGAAGAGUGUAAAAUACCACACCUUCUGUAUUUACACCCAAGUACUUAAAUUUCACAGAGCUGUGCAGAAUAGUGUUGUAGUUUUGAACUCCAGCCUCAAACAGUUUAAAGGGGAAGUUCAUUGAUUUUGUAUAUAAUUUCUGCAUAAUUCAGUCACUGAGCUGUAAACGAAGUCAUGCAGAGUGGUUUGAUGUGAAAUGGUUCACUGUAGAGAAACUUACAGACUCUGAUUUCUGUACAGUGGUGAUGAAAACCAGGGGUCACAAUGUCUACAACCCAAAUAUAGCCAUUUUAUAUACUAUAAAAAAACUACCAAUGAACCUAAACAUGUCUUUAUGUUUUUAUAUGAAAUAUUGAAGAUGGUAAAAUAGUGGUAGAUCUGAAAAAAUAAGUUUUCUUUGGAGCCUAUUUUGCCGCACAACACCUCACAUGCACCUCUCCACUAUAAAUAGAUUAAAAAAUAAACAUUUUAGGCCAAAAUCAUAUCUCAAAACUAUCAUCAAACAAUAUUUCAGGUAUCAGGCAGCAUAUUCAUAAUUAUUUCAUGUGAUAAUCUUCUGUGAGGAAGCUUUAAAGGGAGCAUUAAUCUCUUCAGAUGUCUGGUUCCUAUCACCACCACUGUAACUCUAAGUUUCUCCAGAAUAGAGCAUUUUACCCCAAACCACUCGGAAUGACUGUUUAGAAUUUAAUCACUUAAUUAUGCAGAUUUUGAAAAACAGGUGUUCAGUUUCUUCUUUAGAUUCUUCAGAACAUUUUUCUGCUGAAAUACAUUCACUGUCCUUGAAUGUCAUGGUUUUUGAACAUCCCUUGCUACUGCCACUUGUAAAUAAAAACAAAUCGUGAGUGA